AUGUAUUUCUCAGGGGUAGAUAGUGAUUCUGUCACUAUCGAUGACCCUAGCAAUGGAUGCAUUACAAUAAAUCCUGAACUAUUUAUAAGAGUUUUUCAGUAA